AAACGACUUUGUGUCUCGUGAGUUUGAUCCAAUCAGGGCAAUCCAGCAGCUGCUAUAAAGCCUGAAGCACCGGCUUUCCGUCAUUUAAACAAACCUUUAAUCCGCACAGUCACUGACUGAAAGCAGAUAAAGAUGGCAAGAACCAAGCAAACCGCUCGUAAGUCUACUGGAGGAAAGGCGCCCAGGAAGCAGCUCGCUACCAAGGCUGCCCGAAAGAGCGCCCCUGCUACCGGCGGCGUGAAGAAACCUCACCGUUACAGGCCCGGGACUGUGGCUCUCCGGGAGAUCCGCCGCUAUCAGAAAUCCACCGAGCUGCUGAUCCGCAAGCUGCCCUUUCAGCGGCUGGUCCGCGAAAUCGCUCAGGAUUUCAAGACCGACCUGCGCUUCCAGAGCUCCGCUGUCAUGGCGCUGCAAGAGGCUAGCGAGGCUUACCUGGUCGGGCUCUUUGAGGACACCAACCUGUGUGCCAUUCACGCCAAGAGAGUCACCAUCAUGCCCAAAGACAUCCAGCUGGCCCGCCGCAUCCGAGGUGAACGCGCAUAAACUGGAACCCGGUUCAAGAAACUACUUUAAACAACAAAGGCUCUUUUAAGAGCCAA